GAUAUACGUAGGCAAUUAUAACUUUGUAUACUAUUUGCCAACUACAUUUGUGUACCAACUAUAUUCGUGACAUUUAAGGAAACUUGCGAGCAGCUUCUCAGUGUUCGGGAAACAGUCACCAAAUAUACAUCUAAACCGUGUAAAGAAAACUAUUUUAUUUUUGCUCAGGCAAACAAAAUAUACUGGCAUGGAGAUUAAUGCGGAUGUGCAAAAAUUGUACAAUGAUAGUUUGUGGAUAAACGCCGAUUAUAACUAUAAUAAUUUCUUUCAUCCAAAUAUCUGUCACGUUUGCAAAAUAGUAAAAGAAAAACUGAUAUUUUGCCAUAACUGUUACAUGAUCUCUUACUGCGGUAUACCACAUAGAAACAUGCAUUUUAAGCAGCACCAGCAAUUUUGCAUAUAUAUUACAAAAUAUUUAAGACAGAGCGGUAACAUAACAUGGCGCCUUCGUCAAUUAGAAACGGUCAAAUGGAUUGAAUCAAGAAGAGAAUUUUUACGCGUAAUCAUGCAACAGCUUCCACAUAGUUUGGAACCGUACGAAAUACAAAUGAUCAUUUUCGCAAGAUCGUGUUAUAUAUGUCAUAAACAGAUUCAGAUAAAUUACUGUAAAAAAUGCUAUUCCGACUACUACUGCUAUAAUCAUAAGCAAGAUUUUGACAUCAAUCACGCAUCAAAAUGUGAGAAGUUGCUGUUAAAACUUAACCUAGAUAUCUUAAGUGUCAUACCUACAGAAUUUCAACAAUUAAUUACAUUUCCUAAUGGAUCGAAACCUCUUGAAGACAUGAAUAAGUUUGUUUCCAAUUGUGUGCACUCUUCUUAUAGGGAUUUGGGUCCUUCUAAUCGAAUUUUUACAAAAUUUGCAUAUUUCUGUUCCGAUUAUGUAUCAGGACCAUUUACGCUGUAUGAUGGUAUGAAAAAAUCGCAGUUAUUAAAUCUUCCAAAUAUGGUAGGACCUCAAUUUGUUAUUCACGUAAUAUCAGCAAACUCCAUUGAAAAUAAAUAUAUAAAGGCUUGGGAACUUCUUCAGCAUGUUUUAUGCGAAAUAAAGGAGCUAACAGUUGUACUAAUAGGAGAAGAAUUAAAAACUCAAAAUAUAAAUUUGAAAAGUUGUGAUGACUGCAAGUCUCAAAUUCAGAGGAUUAGUGUCGUGAGCCGUCCUGGAUUUUAUCACGAGUAUACGAGUGAUCCAACGUUUCAGCAACCAAAUGUGAUUAUAAUAUUUCAAGCAUAUUUUGAUACAACAAACACAUGGCAAGAAGAUAGCUUAUUGACAUCACAGCGUAUGAACUGUCCGUGUAUUCUAACAGCCACAUCGCAAUCUGUAGCGGAAGAGAACAUAAAAAUCAUACGAAAGAUUCUAAAUAUAAAUCCUAUAUAUAAUGGACCAAACAAUUUCAAGUCUCUUUAUCCAUGCACACAAUUAUACAAUGAUGGUAUUGGUUAUCGUAAUUCGCAUAUAACUGUGUAUCGGGAUUUAUAUCCUUCAUGAAAACCAUUCUAAAUGAUUUGAAGCUUUCUUAUGCGACUGCCAUAUCUCUUAGAUAACAUUAAUACAAAAUAUACAAAAGACAGAUUGCCCUCCUGAAUUGUGAAUAUUUUUAUAAUAUAUAAUCUAAAUUUUAUGAAUUAUGGAUAUUUAUGGAUAUUUA